CAAAUCUAACGGUUGAGACCAUCUGCUCUAAUCAACGAUAUUGAUCAACUGAGCACAAAUUAUUUACUGUACACCUGCCCACAUACGAGAUUCGCUCUCUAAAAAAAAAAAGACCAGGUUUUUAUUCAGGAAUUAAGCUCCCCGCUUGUCUGCUUAAACCCUAAACCCCAUUUCCAUUUCCAUUUCCAUUUACAUUUCCUUUGAUCUUCCGCGGCAAUAUUUUGGUCGAUUCAGGUACAACAAUGGCUUUCCUGAACCGAGUUGGAGCAUUGCUAAAACACAAUGUCAGCAAACAUAUCACACCAGCAUUUUCUGCCUCAAACCCUUCAUUUUUUCAGGCGAUAAGGAGCAUGAGCACGAAUUUGACUACAAAGCUCUUUGUUGGAGGUCUCGGUUAUAGAACGGAUGAGCAAACUGUGAGGGAUCAUUUUUCUCGCUAUGGUGAUGUUGAUUACGUUAAAAUUAUUACGGACCGUGAAACUGGUUAUUCUCGUGGAUUUGGCUUUGUGACCUUCUCAUCUGCUGAGGCUGCUUCGAGUGCCAUCCAGGGACUUGAUGGCCAGGAUCUUGAUGGGCGUAGAAUCACGGUGAACUAUGCUAAAGAAAAACCUCGUGAAUGGGGCUAUGGUGGCGGCAACGGCGGUGGCUAUGGUACCUCCGGCGACUACUCCUCCGGCGGAGGCGGCGGCAAUUAUUCCGGUGGUGGAAAUGGCAGCUACUCUGGCAACGUUGGGUGGGCCGGCGGCGGCUCUGGCGGGUUCUCCGGCGGCAGUGGCGACUACUCCGGUGGCGGCAAUGGGUUCUCCGGUGGCAGUGGCAACAACUCCUCCAGUGGCAAUGGCUUCUCUGGCGGCAGUGGCGACUACUCUGGUGGCGGCAAUGUGUUCUCCGGCGGCGGUGGCGACUACUCCGGCGGUGGAAAUGGAAACUUUGCCGGAAACCAGGAACCGGUGGCCGGUGGUGGGGUCGAGUUGGGUGGUGGAAGCUAUGGCUUUGGAGGGGCAGAUAUUGGAGGAGGGGAGAGAGUGUAA